CAUUUCCGCGAGCGACUUUGCGCGCAGAGCCUCGAUGUGAAUCCGCCUCGAGAGAGAGUGUCUCCUCUCCCUGUUCGGUGGCGGCGGGACGAGGUCUGCGAGACAGACGGAGGAGAGUUGGACCGCUUUGCUGAAUUGGUGUGUUGCGCUUUCAAGAUUCCACGCCUUCCGCCUUCACGAUGGCAGCGGCUCCUGCCUACGGGCACUGGCCCGGAACCAUGGGCCCCCUGAAGCGCUGGGUGCUGGAGUCGCACGAGAAGAUCGUGGACGCCCUCUACAGCAUCGACCACCUGCUCGACCGCCUCAUCUCCAAGCUCGUGCUCACCGACGAAAAUUACAACGAGGUGCGCGCGGAGCCCAUCCCGACGAAGAGGGCGCGCAAGCUGCUGGAGAUCGUGCGGCUGCAGUUCAGCGAGCAGCAGGUGGAGGUGUUUGUCGAGUGCCUCGCCAACAGCCAGACCGCCUACCCCAAGCUGCGGACACUGCUGCAGCAUCGCCCGCAGCCGGGAGAUAAAAGAUAUGUCAACACAGAGGUCAGAAGUUUCCCAACAGUGGAGAAGCUCCGCCGCCAGUCGAGCGAGCUGUGCCAUCGCCUGGGCGACCUCACGGCGCCCAUCACCGUGCAGCUCUUCGCCAACGAGCUGCUGGGCCAGGUGGAGAAGGAGCACGUGGAGAAUGCCAACACGCCCUUCGACCGCUCCAAGAAGCUCAUCGACGUGUGCCUGCGGCGCGGCGAGCCCGCCUGCUGCCUCUUCUACAAGGCCCUGCGUCACGAGGACCCCAACCUGGCCAGCGAGAUGGGCGCCUUCGACGUCGAGAACGUGACCUGCGUCUCUGUCGAAACUACAGGGGAGCCUCCUCAAAGCUCGCUGGUCUCCCAAGUAUCGGUCUCUCCGCAGACGCCGGUCACCACCGCCUUCCCAGAGACGGGAGUUCAAGGUGACCUUACGUGGCUGGUCAGAGAAAAGAGCACUGAUGAACCCCGGAGCCUCGCGACAAGUCGGGACUUCGACCCAGCAACGCCCAACAGCAGCAGCGACAAUGGAUUUGAUUCUGUGUUCAGCGACAGCCUGACGCUGGAGUCCGUGGGAGGAGAGAGUGUCACUCUCUCGGCCACCGAGCAAGAGCUGGCAAACGAAGUGAUGCGCGCGCUGUCCCUGGAAACUGCCGCCGCUACGACGGGCCCCGACUACGACAUUCUGAGCUUCUCCGAGUUGCUGGGGCUGGGCCGUGAGCACGCGUGGGAGGCCCUGCAGGAGGCCGGCGGCUGGGACGUGCGGCGUCAAGUCACCGCGCUCGUGUGCACCUUCCUGAAGGCCACAGGCGGCGAUGCUCAGAGGCUCCGUAACAAGCUGAAACAGGGAGAUGCAUCAUGGUUCCUCGUCUCCGAACGCGGCGUCUGCCUGCUGAACCUCAUCUCGAAGGCGCACCAGGCCUUCCGUGCGGCCACCGACGCGACGGAGGGCGUCCGGGAAGCGCUGCGCCUGCUCGCGAUCGUGCUGCGUGACUGCGCCCUCGCCCUCGCCUCCGACGAGGAGCUCCUCCCCGACGCUGCCCGCCCCCCGCCGCCGCCGAGCGUCGAGCGUUGCCUGCGGCGCGUCGCGGAGACGGCGCCCUUCCACCGGGAGGGCGCCGACGAGCUGCUCGGCGACCUGGACGACCCGGACGAGGCCUUCCUGGAGCAAGCCUCGAUGCUGGCGGCGCAGCUGGUGCGCGAGCUGUUCAAGGCCGGCUCGGAGAGGGGCUCCCAGUACGGGCUGCACGUGCGAGCCCGGGACGCGUACGCGUGCAUGCCGCACUCACUCUGGGGCGUCACCGGGUUCACUGGACUCAGUCCGCAGGUGGUAAAGAAGCUGUGCAGAGAGCAGCAGAGCGAGAGCCACGAGGAGCUGCGCACGUCGCUGCGCAAGAUUCUGGCGCGGACCUCGCAAAGCCCGGCGGACAAUCCCCUGGGCGAAAGCGGCGGCAAAAGCGGCGUCGUCGUGCCGGACGUCCAAACGGAGGUCGACUCGUUGCUCCGCUGCAGCCGUUUCGACGCGCGGCUCUGCGCCCGCGUGCGCUGGGCGCUGGAACCCGACGCCGAGCGGCGGGGCCCCGCGCUGCCGCUGCACGCCCGCACGCUCGCCGACCUGCUGGUGUACGCGCGCCGCAGCGAGCGCCACUCCUUCGCCUUCCGCGUGGAGCGUGUGACGAUGCUGGGCGGGCGCGGGCGCUCGCUGUGCGGCGUGCGCAGCGCAGGCUCCCUGGUGCGGAUCGACGGCGCCAUGGAGGAGACAGUGGGCUUCCUGACGAGCGAGCCGGCCUCGUUCCUCGCGAGCGUGCGGUGCGCGUACGUGCACGACGGGGAGGCGUACGAGUGCGCCGAGCCGCGCGUCUGCAAGGUGGCGUUUCCGCGCGCGUCUUCCGUCGCGACUGCCGCCCCCUCCCCGCGAGUCGGACUCGCGGACGCGGCGUCCUCGGGGGAGGUCGUGGCGGAGAGCCCCAACGCCGUUUGGAUCCGCGCGCGGGAAGGCGUCGCCUUCGAGAGCCUCGUCAGCGACGUCAGAGCCGCCCUUGCGGCGUCUUCCGAGCCGUUCAGCGUGGAGACGGAGGGGUUCUGUUUCCGGGUGGAGGCGCACGAGAGGGAGAGCCAAGUCAGGUUGUUCUUUGACGGAAAUGGGAUUCGUGCGGAAAGCACGAACGGAGCCGUGGUGAAAACGUGACGGUGAUUUUUGUUGUUGUUCGCGACGAGAGGUAAAGGUGUUGCCCUGCAAUUGCUUGCUGAUGUCACUGCCGGCAGAAGGGCCUCCACGAAAGGUCACUGGAGAGCCUUCUCCCUCCAAGAGGGACUUUGGCCUACUCUUCCACACUCGUCAGCCAUCUCGGAAGUGGUGGGAGUCUUCAAAUGUUUUCCCCCUUCACACGCGGCCUGCCGAACGACUCAACUGCGACGCACCCAUUGACUGCACCGCUGGGUGGAGAGAGGCGUGGGAUCAACAACAAUAAACUUGAACCAUUGUUUAAACUGCCGUGCUCAAGUCAUCCUGCCAUGAGCAGCAGUGGGGCCAAAAGCGUUAUUAUUGUUAUAAAUGGUGCACGUGUGGAUGAGCCUGGAAUUUUUUUAACGUUUUUUUAUAUUUAUUAAUGUCUGUCCGAGCCACUUUUGAUUCUUACAGCCCGUUGCUACGUCUGUGCGUGUUGUAUUACGAGUUUAAAAAAAUAUAUAUUUGAACUUGUAAUGUGCUUGUAAAUAAUGCAAGUGCGUCGCUCUCCGAAGUGUUUCCAUGCUGCGUCGCGUAUUCUGCGGUACGAUGUCCGACGUUUCGCUCCACUUGCUUGUGAGCUUCUUCAGGAACUGAAAACCUAUGCAAAAGUAAUGCAAGUGUGGUUUGAUUGGAGAUAUUUGCUUGUUCUACUUUAAUGAUUCGUCCUGCAAAAACCACUAACGGUCUACAACGAGUUGGCUUCAUAUUCUUAGGUUUUUUCGGUAAAGUCACGUAGGUUAAAAUUAAAAUUAAUCAUUUACUUGAUAUAGCAAGCGUGCUGUGACGGUUCCACCUGAAGACGGAAGCUUGUGUUGCCUCCGAAACGUCGUGAUUUUUAUUUUAUUUUUUAUUUUAUUUUACUUUUAUGAAUUUUAUUUUUACCUAUGUGACUUUACCGAAAAAACCUAAGAAUAUGAAUCCUUGCAGUCACGAAAGCUUCAAAUCUAGAACGAGUUGGUUUCCUCCGUGCCCCGCCUUGGCUCCUGCCUAAAAACACAAGCGAGCCGCGCUGGUGCAACGCUGAGCCAGCCUGGCGUGGCUCGGUAGGCAUUCAGAGGUCGUUUUUCCACUGCAGAAGCCGAGCCGCUCCGCCGACGUCAAACGCGGCGAUUUCGGGAGUGUGAAGCCGAGGCAACACGCAAUGAACCCGUCACUUGUCCCACCCCCUGGCCCUGCUUGGCCCCGAGCCAGAUCCAUGUGCGGUUCCGGCUUUGGCAUGGCAAUGGACCAGUGGAAAAACCGCCCAUAUCGUGAGGGCCCCGCAAAGGCCUUUGCUCAGAUGUGCCAGUGGAAAAGCGGAUUAUCGACCGUGAUCAUUGACCAAUGAGCUAAAUAAAUAACAUCUCAAUUGUUUUUACUUUUUUUACUCGCCGAUUUCGCGUAUACAUUUUAACACUUUUAUGGUAAAUGGGGGUUUGAAUGUAAUGUAUAAACGUUUGUAGCAAACAAUCGUUUCAAACAUGAAACAAGGAAAACAAUGUGCUCUAUAUAUACGUUUGUGACAAAUAAAUUAACAACAUUUUUCAAAUGAUUCUUGUUUGUCCAUGAUUUGUCCAUAGCACGAGGUAUUGCCUUUUAAAUUACCC